AUGGUUCCUCCUCCAGCAGAAAUCCGCAGAAAGUUGGUCAUCGUUGGUGACGGUGCCUGUGGUAAAACUUGUCUUUUGAUUGUCUUCUCCAAGGGUACUUUCCCAGAGGUUUACGUCCCAACUGUGUUCGAGAACUACGUUGCUGAUGUUGAGGUUGACGGAAGAAAGGUUGAGUUGGCUCUCUGGGAUACUGCCGGUCAGGAAGAUUACGAUAGAUUGAGACCAUUGUCGUACCCAGACUCCAACGUCAUCUUGAUCUGUUUCUCCAUCGACUCGCCAGACUCCUUGGACAACGUUUUGGAGAAGUGGAUCUCUGAGGUUUUGCAUUUCUGCCAGGGUGUCCCAAUCAUCUUGGUUGGAUGUAAGGUUGAUUUGAGAAACGACCCAGUUACUAUCAAGCAAUUGCAACAAGACAACCAACAGCCAGUUUCCUCUUCCGAGGGUCAGGCUGUUGCCCAGAAGAUUGGCACUCAGUACUACUUGGAGUGUUCUGCCAGAACUGGCGAGGGUGUUAGAGAGGUUUUUGAGACUGCCACUAGAGCAUCCUUGGUUACCAAGGAAAAGAAGGAGAAGAAGAAGAAGUGUGUUGUUUUGUAA